CUCUCUCUAUGAUAUCUUCUUCGUUCUAAUGGCAUCGACUACUGCUGUUACUGGUUCUAUCUCUUAUCUCCAUAGACUAAAUGGCGUGAAAAAUCCUACCUUUUCAUCAGCUUCUCUAUGUAACAAGGUAAACCUAAAAACCAAUUUAGUUGGUAUUCGAACUCUAUCACUGCCUGGUAAGAAACUUGGGAAUACUCGGGGAGCUCUUCGUGUCUACAGUUUGUUUGGAGGAAAGAAAGAUAAUGGGAAUGCUGAUGAUGCCCCUGCAAAGGCAGGAAUUUUAGGUAACAUGCAAAAUUUGUAUGAGACGGUAAAGAAGGCACAAAUGGUUGUCCAAGUUGAAGCAGUGCGUGUGCAGAAAGAACUUGCUGUAGCAGAGUUUGAUGGGUACUGUGAAGGUGAACUGAUAAAGGUAACACUUUCUGGAAAUCAGCAACCUAUACGAACUGAGAUCACAGAGGCUGCAAUUGAGUUAGGAGCAGAAAAGCUCUCACUUUUAGUUACAGAGGCAUACAAGGACGCUCACCAAAAGAGUGUGCUGGCAAUGAAGGAGAGGAUGAGUGAUCUUGCACAGAGCCUAGGAAUGCCACAAGGUUUAAGUGAAGGAUUGAAGUAAUGCUAAGAAAUCUGAAUUCAUGGUUUUACAACAAUGUGAUGUUGGUGGUGAAGUCAGGGAAUUGGGCCGCCUUACUCUUCAACUCCGUAUACUAAAACUAGCUGGCCGUUCUCGACCAUGGGUAGUUUAUUUUUAUUGAUCAUAUUUGUCGUGAGUACGUAGUUAUAUUUCGUUCUUGGUAGUUAAAUAAAUCUCCGUUCAUGUUACUACUAAACAACCAAAUGGCUGUUGGAGCAAGAUCUAAGAUACAAAGGGUACUUAUCAUUAAAUUUAGUACCAUCAAUACCUUCCAACAUAAA